AUGAGUGAAGUAAAGAAUGAAUUGGAAACGGAAGCGACUCCAGUACCAAUUAAGAAACAAAGACUAUCAAAUGAUGAUUUGUAUCGAAAUUCGACUCAAUACGAGUUAUGGUCAUUUACCCAAGAGACAUUACAAGAUGCCAAACGAGAGGCAAAUGAAAAGGGAGUCAAAAUAUCAAAAGAAAGAUUUAAGUUUGCCUUUGAGAAUGCAAAGAAAGAACACCCAGACGUUUUUGAACAAUAUCCGGAUGAAUUGAACGAAAAUAUGGUUAGUCUAUUAACCCUAGAAGAAGAGUCUACCUAUCUUGAUUUUUACAUACAAAACAUCACUACGACAUGCAAUUUUUUCAAAAUGCCAACUCAAGUUCGCUUAACGGCAGCUUCAUUUUUCAAGAAAUUUUACCUAGUCAACUCAGUGAUGGAGUUUCAUCCUAAAAAUGUACUAUAUACGUGUAUAUUCCUAGCUGCAAAGUCAGAAAAUUAUUUCAUCUCCAUAGAAUCAUAUGUUAAGGCACUAAAGGGGACAAAUACAUCUCAUAUUCUAGACUUAGAGUUUAUUGUGUUACAAAGUUUGAAGUUUACAUUGUUGGUGCAUCAUCCAAUACGAGCAUUGUACGGGUUUUUCCUAGAUUUUCAGGCUGUAUUGUUGCACCCGGAACAAGUAAUGUAUGAUGUAUCAGUGGAUACUUUGGGGAACAUGUACAAUCAAGCAAAGGAAUGGCUCAACAAGUAUUUUAUGGUGAGUGAUGUGGCGUUUUUGUUUACGCCCCCGCAGAUUGCGCUUGCGGCAAUGUAUGAUACUGACAAAAGGAUUACUGAUAAAUACUUGAAACGAAAAUAUCUUAGCAAUGAGGACAAAUUGGAUCCGAUAAAGGAACAGGAAAAUGAGCCGGAAAUUGAAAAGCAAAAUGGUGAAGAUAAGUCUGCAAUUACAUCCGAAGAACAGUCAAAAAAUGUUGUGAAAGAAAAGACUAAAUCAACCAAUAGACAGCAAUAUGAAACGUUGGUUACACUAAUGAGAAAGUGCGUAAAACUUGCCAAGCAGUCGCAAGUUGCUGAUCGUGAAGCAAGCAAGGAAAUUGAUAAAAAGUGUUUUUUUGCAUUAAAUCCGAAGAAAUUGAUUGAUAAAAGAAUCAAAAGAUUAGCUUCAGGGAAUCAGGAUAUUGCAAAAGAAGGUACAGUUGAACCUCUGUAA